CGGGGUCGGCGCCGAGGCCGCGGGGCAACGACGGCGCGGGCCAGCGGGAGCGGCGGCCGGGCCAUGUGGCUUCUGGGGCCGCUGUGCCUGCUGCUGAGCAGCCGCGCCGCGGAGAGCCAGCUGCUCCCCGGAAACAACUUCACCAACGAGUGCAACAUUCCAGGCAACUUCAUGUGUGGCAACGGGCGCUGCAUCCCGGGCUCCUGGCAGUGCGACGGGCUGCCUGACUGCUUUGACAAGAGCGAUGAGAAGGAGUGCCCCAAAGCUAAAUCGAAGUGUGGCCCGACCUUCUUCCCAUGUGCCAGCGGCAUUCAUUGCAUCAUUGGCCGCUUCCGGUGUAACGGGUUUGAGGACUGUCCCGACGGCAGCGACGAGGAGAACUGCACUGCAAACCCCCUGCUCUGCUCGACCGCCCGCUAUCACUGCAGGAACGGCCUCUGCAUCGAUAAGAGCUUCCUCUGCGAUGGGCAGAAUAACUGCCAGGACAACAGUGAUGAAGAGGGCUGCGAAAGUUCUCAAGAGCCAGGCAGCGGGCAGGUGUUUGUGACCUCGGAGAACCAGCUCGUGUACUACCCCAGCAUCACCUACGCUAUCAUCGGCAGCUCAAUCAUCUUCGUGCUGGUGGUGGCCCUGCUGGCUCUGGUCUUGCAUCACCAGCGGAAGCGGAACAACCUCAUGACGCUGCCCGUGCACCGGCUGCAGCACCCCGUGCUGUUGUCCCGCCUGGUGGUCCUGGACCACCCCCACCACUGCAACGUCACCUACAACGUCAACAAUGGCAUCCAGUAUGUGGCCAGCCAGGCCGAGCAGAAUGCUUCGGAAGUGGGUUCCCCACCCUCCUACUCGGAGGCCCUGCUGGACCAGAGGCCUGCAUGGUACGACCUUCCUCCACCACCCUACUCUUCAGACACUGAGUCUCUGAACCAAGCCGACCUGCCCCCUUAUCGCUCGCGGUCAGGGAGUGUGGACAGUGCCAGCUCGCGGGCAGCCAGCAGCCUCCUGAGUGUUGAAGACACCAGCACCAGCCCAGGACAGCCUGACCCACUGGAAGGCACUGCACCACCCAGGGACUCUGUGCCCAGCCCAGGCACUGAAGCAAUGUAAAACCCAGCUAUUCCAAAGUCCAGACGGGUCUGUCUGCUCCAAUUUGUUAUUCUAACAAGUGGUGCUCAUGGGAUGCACUUUUACGUUACUUUAAGGGGAGGUCUCAAGCUGAGGUCGGGGUAUCAGCUGCCUCUCUAUUCCCCUUCUCCCCGAGAUGUUCUUGGCAGGAUGACCUGGCGUUUUUCUGGUUUCUUGGUUGACAUGAGGUGUUGUCAUCUUUUCUGUGAGGUCACUUUUCCUUGGGGGCCCACAGUCCCUCAUGCUUCCCUUCAUUCUGUUACCAUUGGAAUCCCUCCGACUAAGCAUCAUGCAUUUGCAGGCAGCAGGAUGAACCAGUGUUUAAGCAGGCCUCGAGAAAGCAGCACCUCUGUUCCAGUUGCGUGUCCAGAAGGACAGAAGACACUGGACCAGAUUCUCUCAGAAGCUGCCACCGUAUUGCUCCAUCUGGGGACAUGGGUUGGGUGGUCUACCAGGAGACCAUCAAUGGGUGGCCCCCCUGAGGAGUACCCAGGUGUGAACCUCAAAAUUCACCUUGUGUUAUCCUACACAUUGCUGUCACUUAGUGAAGACAGUGGCCAAAAGAAUCUUUUGAUGUGAUCACCAGUGUCGACUUGGUUUUGUGAAGGACUCAGAACCUUUCUCUCCUAGGGAGAUGUUGGUUUUUGAAAUUUGCCCCAAGAAUCAUCAUUUGGAGAAGAUUUUCUGGCAGUGUAGAGCAUCAGCCUCCUCUCAGAAUAGGCAGGGGGCACCCUACCGUGAGUUUCUCUUGAGGUCUCAGCUCCUAGCAUGCAGCCCUGACAAUCUGGGCCUGCCGUGCGCCGCUGUACUUUCCCGGCUUCUGGAUUGUCAUCCUCCCAGCUGACCUGCCGUAGCCAAGGGAUGAAGGCCGGAUAUGAGUUAGCCAAAAAGCCAUGCCCACCCUGUCCCCCUUAUUGAUGCAUCUUCUGCCCAGGGCUCCCAAGUUCCCUUCACCCCUGGGAAUCUGUUUGACCUGUGCAUUUAGGCUUGAGGACCCUGGCUUCUAAGACACGUGAGAGCCGCAGACUUCCCACGAGAGCUCCUGGCUCCCCGCUCUGCACAUACUCAUCUUCCCAGAGUCCCAAAACCAGCACCCCAAGUUAGCGUCAUAGUUCAGGUUAGGGUCAGCCCUCGCCUAGCAUCCUGGUAGAUAGGAGACACAGUAGAGUCCUCUUCUUUCAGCAACAUGGACAGCAAGAUUGUCUGGAGUCAAGAUUUUCCAUUUGGGUUUUUUUUUUAAUCUCUUAGAAAUGCAUUUGAAAUGGUGUGUUUGGUUUUUUUCCCUUCUAGUUAAGGGACUAUUUAUAUGUGUAUAGGAAAACUGUCUCUGUUUUAUUUGUUUCUCCUUUAGUAAAGUCCAAAGAAAGAAGCAAAAGGAGAUCCAGCCUUUGCCUCCUCCUGCCCCCGAAGGCCCCCCAGGACUAACCUGCUGCUUUGUUGCACUGGGAGGUUAUUAUUUAUCCAGUUCCUGAAGGAUGCAGAAGCGCAGUUGCCCCCCUCAGUUCACGGUCUCUAUUUGGGCUCCUUUCCCUCUUUUUGUGUGCUCAGCCAGCCGCAGGGUCCACCCCCGUGCUGGAGUAGUGGGCAAACACUUGGGCAUCGUUUGGCAAGAAAACCACAGAAGGACAAACCUGGAACCAAGUAGGGCCACCUUGAUGCAGCUGUUCCACACUCAGGGCUUCAUUCAUAGCCAAAGAAAUGUUGAGUAACAUAUUUGAGGCUGAUCAAAACGAAGCCUGCUGCAAUGGGGAGGGGAGGUGGCCUUCGGGGAUCCUGCUCUGUAGACUUUGUCUUUUUUUCUAAAGAGUCAAAUUCAAAGUAAAUAACAGGACUGGCCUCUUAGGUUUUUGUUUGUUUUGUUUUGUUUUAAGUAAAAGAACCUAGCUGCUUGUGUCUUUCAGUUUCAAAACAGUACCCAAGUUAUUUUCUGAGGAAUCCAUAAAGGAUGUGGGUGGCAGAUAGAGCAUGUCUGGUCGCACGUAUCAUCUCCUGUGAGUCGGGGUGGCUUUAUUCCCCCCUUUGAUGGCUGCCUGCUUCUUUCUGGUGCUCUGGAAAUGUUUAGAGGAAAGGAUUCUUAUUUUAAUUAAUUGUGCAGUGAGUUAAUCUGCGCUUUUCUGCUUCCAGGCAUCUUAGGAAAAACAAAUGGUUUUAGGAGAUAAGGGGAGCCUGUUAAUUUUUUAAAAAAACAAACACAGGGACAUUUUAUUAUGGAUAUGAUUUUUAAUGGAUUUUUUUAAAAAACAUAUAAAUACAACAUCCAAAGCUACGAGAUUUUUGGGUCUCCUCCUACUGAAAAUUUCAAAUAAGUGCCCAAUAAUAUUUUUAACUCAUUCCAACUUUUUUAUACAUCGCCUAAAUCUGCACCAACCAGAAUGUGAUCUCUGCUUUCUUUUCUCCCAAACAAGAUCAGCUUUUAGCAUUAACUUAGUUACACUGUGAUUCUUAGUUUAUUACCUGACUCAACCUUAAAAUUGACAUUUUUUUAAGUGCAACUAAAUGGUUAAUAGUGUGUGGUGUUCGAAGUAAUGCAAACUGGAAAGACUGUGUGUGGUUACUUUUUGUUUUUUCGGUUAGGCUUGGUUUUGUUUUGUGUGUGUGUGUGUAUUUUUAAAAAUAUUUUGUAUUUUCAAAUAAACUUGCAGUUUCAUUCUUUCUA